CACAUACCUGUCUUAUUAUAUAAGUAGAGAUAACAAAAGAACCCUAGUUACAGUCUUUGCCGCUCUUCCGCCGUCUUAACUCCAGAAAUUGACAAGAGACCAUGGCACCUAAAAAGGGAGUGAAAGUAGCUGCGAAGAAGAAGACGGAGAAGGUUACGAAUCCAUUGUUUGAGAGAAGGCCAAAGCAAUUUGGUAUCGGUGGGGCCUUGCCUCCUAAGAAGGACUUGACUCGUUACAUCAAAUGGCCCAAGUCCAUCCGUCUUCAAAGGCAGAAGCGUAUCCUCAAGCAGAGGCUCAAGGUCCCUCCGGCUUUGAACCAGUUCACCAAGACCCUUGACAAGAACCUUGCAACCCAGCUUUUCAAGCUUCUUAUGAAGUACAGGCCUGAGGACAAGGCCGCAAAGAAGGAUCGUCUUUUGAAAAAGGCCCAAGCCGAGGCUGAGGGAAAGCCUUCUGAAUCCAAGAAGCCCAUUGUCGUCAAGUAUGGGCUCAACCACGUGACCUACCUCAUCGAGCAGAACAAGGCACAGCUUGUCGUCAUUGCUCACGAUGUUGACCCCAUCGAGCUGGUCGUCUGGUUACCUGCUCUUUGCAGAAAGAUGGAAGUGCCUUACUGCAUUGUCAAAGGCAAAUCCCGUCUUGGAACGGUUGUUCACCAGAAGACUGCUGCGUGCUUGUGUUUGACCACUGUUAAGAACGAGGACAAGCUCGAGUUCAGCAAAAUCCUUGAAGCCAUCAAGGCAAACUUCAACGACAAGUACGAGGAGUACAGGAAGAAGUGGGGAGGAGGCAUCAUGGGAUCCAAGUCUCAAGCCAAGACCAAAGCUAAGGAGAGGGUUCUUGCCAAGGAGGCUGCCCAGAGAAUGAACUAAGCGGAGCAUCUCGUUUGAGUUAUGGUUUUGUUUAGCGAUUUCAUGGGAUAUUUCAAAACUUUAUGCUCUUACUAUCGAUGUUGCACACUUGAGGAUUUUAUGCAGUUUUUGUUAAGACAUUUUACCUUUGAGAUUAUUAUUUACUUAU